AUGCCACGCCGUCGCAAAGCUUUAUGUUCCGAUACGUCUAACGUCACAGAAGAGCGCAAGCGGAAGGGAGUUCCAAAGGAGGAUCCUGCGCACGAAACCAGGCUACGGAAAGAUGUUGAAGAAGCAAGAAAGAUACUCCAAGGAGCUUUCUCACCUGUUCAAGAACCUGAAAACGACGCCAACGCCAACCCAGACCUUGAGCCCGAUGACGACGACCUCUACGAUGAGGAAAUCAUGGUUUUUGGAGAUGAAGAUGCGCCGGUACCCGAAGGUGAAACCGUCAACUUGGAUCCAAAUGGUGUGAUUCAACAAUUUGUCGAGCAUCAUCGAGCACAGCGGUACGCUAAACGCCGCGAAAGAAUCCGCCAAGAAUGGUCAGACAUCGAGAACGAAAUCACUGCAGCGUACCUUGAAUCACAAGUCCAUACGCUUAACUGGACAACCAAAGAUUCUUACUUGGACGACAGUAGCCUUGAUUGCCAAUGUGAGGAUGCUUGUAUCUAUCAUAGAUCACUCGAUAUCAUAGAUAUACUAGUAUGUGUCGCAUCAGGAUUUAUUGAAGGCAUACUUAAUUUUCUUGAUCCCCGGUCAAACGUACCCCUUCUGGCCCGAGGACAUCGAGGCAAUCGGCGUAACCUAACUCAGCCUUUCUCAACUGCCACACAUGUAUAUAACCGCAUUACAGUUCUAACCAGACGACUGUUGCACCGAUCUCUGGAAUUCACCAAAACCGAUCAUUGGGCUGAUCGGUGUGAUCCGCAUAAUGCAGCCGUAGUCAACGCAGUCAACAGUGGGAUCAGACCAGUUGAUGAUGAUCCUUGUUCAGAUUCUCACAAGACUGCCAACGACGCCCGUAACUCAUCAACAUGGGACCAAUGCGACGAUACAGGUCUUUUCUUAGCAGCCUGCCGCCACGACGUCCCUCUACUGAUGGCAAAUAUACAUAAAUCUGGAGAAAAAAUGUACUAUCCAUUGACCUUGAUGAAGAUUAUCUUGGACGCCUUCCCAAAUAAAGCUCAAAUGACUUUAAGAGGAUUGUGUCGUGAGAAGAAUCCUUAUCAAGAAGGCUCAUGUUACACACCUGAAUUCUUCUCGGAUCAAUGGAAAUCAGAAAGAGCUGCCAACAAAGAAAACGCCAAAGACAUCAAAAUUCGUCAAAAACUCGAGCUAGGCCGGCUGCUCGUCCUUGAGGAAGCCGCCUAUCAAACUUGGAAUCGAGAUUCUGGUAAUGCAAACUUUGCAAUCGACCGCCUGGCAGAGUUUCAGAAUAUUGCUCAGCAAAUUACUGAACAGCGUAGAAAGGUUGGACUCCCUGAGUCCAUUCCAAAUCUCUCCACGCUUGGUCAAGAUUUACUCUUGAAGGUGUGGUACGCCAAAACGGAUGUCCGAAGUCGAUUUUUGGCUUUGAGAUGUGAACAACGACCUCUUGAUCCAGAAAACAGGGUGGGUGGGGGUUCUAGGCUCGACAGCGGCGACAACCUCCCACCCGAUUUGAUUACAACUUACUUACAGGACGAGGUUGUCAAAUCUUUAUCGCUCCGUGGCAAGUUGGUGGUAAUCAAAGGAUUACUACACAACGAGUUUAUCAAGCUCAACACCUUGCACAUCAAGUGGGAUUUGAAGGUUACUGAGGUCUUGACAAGAACCCCGGCCCAGUUGGGUGAUUUUUCCUUGCUGCAACUUUGGAAGUCCCAAGUGAACAGUAUCAAGGAACUACGAGCGGAUGGGCGUGGAUCCACAAAGGGCGGGGACUUUCUGCAUCUCUUUGAAAGGUUGAACAUUGAGAAUAGGGAAGUUCCUUGUGUUGAGCUCCCAGUCUUCCCUAUACCACAACAACAUGUAAAUGAUGAUCUAUCUGAUUUUGAUGAGGAAGAAGAAUGGAAUGAUGUAAUGGAUGAAGGGAUCAUACGAAACAUUCAUGCCCUUGCUCUGACAGAGCCCAACGAAAACUGA